GGGCCUGGCCUGGCUAGGUUCCUUCGUGCAACUGAAUCAAUCACCUCUCCCUGCUCGUGCUGCUUACAGAAAUCCGGAGGCGGAGGCGAUGGCGGCGACAUCUACAACGUCCAGGCCGCCGAGAUCCUCGCCAACGAGGCCCUCCUGCUCCCCAUCAACGAGGCCGCCCCUAUCUACGAGAAGCUGCUCGCCACCUUCCCCACGGCUGCCAAAUACUGGAAGCAGUAUGUCGAAGCCUACAUGGCCACCAACAACGACGAAGCCACCAAGCAGAUUUUCAGCAGAUGCUUGCUCAACUGCCUUCACAUUAACCUCUGGCGGUGUUACAUCAACUUUAUCAGGAGAGUAAACGAUAAGAGGGGCUCUGUGGGUCUGGAUGAGACAAAAAAGGCUUUCGAUUUCAUGCUCAAUUAUGUUGGGAAUGAUGCUGCUUCUGGUCCUGUUUGGAUGGAGUAUAUUGCUUUCUUAAAGCUGAUGCCGGCCGUGACGCCCCAGGAAGAGUCACAUCGCAUGACCACCGUACGAAAAGUGUACCAGAAGGCAAUUUUAGUUCCGACAAAUCAUGUAGAGCAGCUAUGGAAGGAUUACGAGAACUUCGAGAAUUCCGUUAGCCGCACUUUGGCAAAAGGUUUGUUAUCCGAAUAUCAACCAAAGUUUAACAGUGCUAAAGCUGUAUAUAGAGAGCGCAAGAAGUACAUUGAUGAUAUUGAUUGGAAUGUGCUGGCCAUCCCCCCUACAGGCUCCUGCAAGGAAGAGCAACAGUGUAUGGCAUGGAAAAGACUUUUGGCAUUUGAAAAGGGGAACCCUCAAAGGAUUGAUGCUACAACUGCUAAUAGGCGUGUUACCUUUACUUAUGAGCAAUGCCUGAUGUAUCUAUACCAUCAUCCUGAUAUAUGGUAUGAUUAUGCUAUGUGGCAUGCAAAGAACGGUUCUUUGGAUUCUGCAGCCAAAAUAUUUCAGCGUGCUCUAAAAGCUAUCCCUGAUUCUGAAGUACUGAAGUAUGCAUUUGCUGAAAUGGAAGAGUCCAGAGGGGCAAUUCAGACUGCUAAGACAAUAUAUGAGUCUCUUAUUGCUGAAAAUGCAAGUGUGACUUCACUUGCACACAUUCAGUUUAUUCGGUUUCUAAGGAGAAGUGAAGGCAUUGAAGCAGCUCGUAAGUACUUUUUGGAUGCUCGGAAGUCACCAAGCUGCACUUAUCAUGUGUAUGUUGCUUAUGCUACUAUGGCAUUUUGCCUCGACAAGGAUGCAAAGGUGGCACAAAGUGUUUUUGAAGCUGGUUUAAAGAGAUUUAUGCAUGAGCCAGGAUAUAUCCUCGAAUAUGCGGACUUCCUGUGUCGCUUAAAUGACGAUAGAAACGUACGUGCUUUGUUUGAGAGAGCACUGAGCUUACUUCCUUCUGAGGAAUCCAUGGAGGUAUGGAAACGAUUUGCUCAAUUUGAGCAGAUUUAUGGGGAUUUGUCAAGCAUGCUAAAGGUGGAACAAAGAAGGAAGGAGGCUUUAUCUAGGACAUCAGAAGACGUCUUAUCUGCACUGGAAAACACACUUUAUGACGUAGUUUCUCGAUACAGUUAUAUGAAUCUUUGGCCAUGUUCAUCAAAAGAAUUGGAUUACCUAGCAAGACAAGAGUGGCUUGCAAAAAACAUCGUUAAGAAGGUUUACAAAUCAACUAUGCUAAAUAGGGUUGGCAUGUCAGAUAAAGUUUCUGCCGGAAUUAGUGCAAAUGCGAAGUUGUUGCCACAAUCUGAAAAAAUUGUCCGUCCUGAGACUUCUCAAAUGGUUAUUUAUGACCCUAAACAGAUGAAAGGCCCAGAGUUUUCAGCCAGUACCAGUGGGUACACCAAGGAUGUUGAAGAAACACUCAAAAUGCUUUCUUCAUCGACAAUGUCUUUCAUCAAGAAUUUGCCUGCUAUUGAAGGACCAUCGCCAGAUAUUGAUGUGGUGCUUAGCGUGCUGCUGCAGAGCACAUUGCCGGUUGCGCAGAAUGUUGGGAAAGCAGCUGGCACGAGUGACCUCGGCAAAUCAGGACUGAACCAGAAUGGAUCUGUUCAUAGACCUCCAAGAGAUGGCCAAUCCACGAGAAGGAAGGAUAUCGAGAGGAAAGGGGGGCAGGAGGAAGAGGAUGCGGCAACGGCGCAGAGCCGAGCAGCAGUGCCACGAGACAUAUUCAGGCUUCGGCAGAUUCAGAGGAGCCGUGGCCUGGGUGCUGCUGCUGCUUCGCAGUCUGGGUCAUCGGCGUUCUCGUUCUCUGGCGGUGGAAGCGCCUUUUCCGGGGACCAGUCUGCCAGCACAGACUAGGACCACCAUUGUUCUUUUUUUUGUUUUGUUGGCUACUAGACUAGGCUAGUAUCACUCACUAGUUCAUCAGUAUUACUGCUGAUAUGUAAGUACUACCAUGUUAAUAACAUGAAUGGGGUUGAAAUUAUUUAACUGUUCGAGUGAGGCUCCUCCGAAAUGGAGCUCUAUAAUUGUAAGACUAGUACCACAAAGAAAACAAAAUAAAAGAAUUUUUUGUAUGCUGCCAAGCUUGAUAA